AUGAGCCCGGGCGCAUCGUCCGACGGCAAGGUCGCGAGCCCCGAGACGUCGCCAAAGCCGCCCAAGCAGCCAUCGCAGCGGAUGGAGGAUACGCUGCCGCCUUUGGACGAUGGCAAUGCUGGCCAAUCGCAUGAUCUGGAUCGGUCAGGGCUCGGACUAGAUGCGUCAAAUGGACUCGACACGCUCUGGGAUCUUCCGGGCAAUGGAUCGCUGCCGGAGUUGACUGAUCUAUGCCCGCCUUCGCCGAUGACGGCGUCAGUAUCGGCCUUCUCGCAGCAUCGCGACUCUGUAUAUGAUUUUGAAGCAUCGGGAGAUACGGCAGCGGGUAUAUCUCAUUUGCUAACUCUAAUCGGACAAUCACAAGGCGAAGGUGAGGGCAGUAGCAUAUAUCGAGGCUUUUCGCCCUCCACGAUCGUUCGCAGCUACCCCGCGUCGUCGCCGGCACAACGAUCCGCUCCGCGUGAUUUUAUGUCUAUGUCUCGAUCUCUGAACAACCCGUCAUGGACGCUUAUUGAGUACUAUUUCAAGGAGGUCGCGGCUCUGUUUUCCAGCUAUGACAGUCAGAUGAAUCCCUUCCGCACCACCGUAUCCCGCCUAUGGGGCUCAUCACUGGCCAUGUGCCGCACGAUGCAAAGCAUGGCCGCAGCAACGCUAGUCAAUGAUUUCCCGCAUUUUGGCCCAAUGGGCCGCAAAAUGCGCGAUGAAGCUGUCGACAUCAUCACCCGGGAGGCAGUCAUGGAUGACAAGGCCCUUUUGGCGUUGCUCAUGUUGGGCCAGACCGCUAGCUGGCAUGACCCGAAAGACCUGGGUAUCUCAUUUUUCAAUUUGCUACGCAAGCAGAUCAAUCUCAUCGCCUCUUCGUCAAACAGUCCGCACUUCGGCUACGCCAAGAGCAUCAGUAACAAUUACCGCUUUUUCGAGGAGGCGCUUAUCUACUGGGAGAUGCUGCUCUCAUUCGUCACGGACAACGAGUCCAUGGUCUUCUCAGAUAACUCUAAUCCGCGCGCCUCAUCUAUGGGCGAAUCACUCGUUCUUCAACGAGUCCCCCAUCCCUGGACGGGUAUCGCGCGAGACACUCAGUUCACUGUCCACGAAGUUGGCCGACUAGUCCGCCGCGAGCGCAAACGCAUUCGUACACGGCAGUUUACCUCGCAAGACGAUAUUCUACGUGCGCAUAUGGCCAUUGAGAAGGCCCGUGAGCUGGAAGAGCGCCUCCUGGCCCUUGCCCACCCGUCAGAAGCCGAGAUCGUCAGCCCCGGCGACGACGAAACUCCAGUGUGGCACCUCCUCACCAUGGCCGAGGUCUACCGUUGCACAGGGCUGAUGCAGCUAUACCGCGUGUUCCCAGAUCUCCUGCUAAACCGCCUCUCAGACCCAGCAGAUACAGCUCAAUGCCCUGGCGCCGGACCCUCAAUGGCCCGCGAUCCAUUCUUCCCCAUCGACCUCGACAGUAUGAACAUGUCGACCGCAUUUAGCGACAAACAUGCGAAUCCUCCAACAAAUAACAACCAUAACCAGAACCAGAACCAUAGCUCAAACGCUCAUCACACACCUUCCUUCACGUCAUCCCAUCUACACUCCACUUCCACACAAGACCCCAAUCCAACCUUAUAUGACACCUGGCUCACUGAAUUCGCCCUCACAACCCUCUCCCGCCUCAAGACUAUCCCCAUCGAAUCCCGUACCCGCUGUCUCCAACCCUUCCUCCUCGUCGCAUCAUGCAGCGAGCUCCGUCUCCCGAAAUCCUCCCCCGACCCCCGCACCCACCCGCAGGACACCUUCGAUGCAUCCCAUCCGCGAAGCGAGGGUGACAGCCUAGCCGAGCCCGGCACCGAGACACCCAGCAUCUCAGUGGAAGCCAUCGAAGUCUCGCGCACGCGGCGGUUCAUCCUCGGUCGUCUGACGUCUUUCUUGCAUGUGCUGCCGCCGAAACCGAUCAAUGUGUGUCUGCGGCUUGUGACGGAAGUUUGGAGACGGAUGGAUGCGGGGCAGACGGAGGCGUAUUGGGUAGAUGUGAUGAUUGAGAAGGGGUGGGAGACGACGAUGGGGUGA